GAUGGAAAAAUUAAUUCAAAAUAAUUUAAAAACACUUGUUUCCUUAAAACAUUUAACACAUCCAUUGGUUUUGCCUAGAGAAAUGCGUGAAAAACUUGUUGCUAUACACACAUCUACGCUUAGAAAUGGAACUUUGGAAAGGGAACAAGAUUUCUUUGCCUUCUAUACAUCCGGUGCCUCUCUCCCUCCAGUUUUAGAACCUCUAGCCACAAAUGGUGUCUCUAUGAGAAUUGAAGUUCACCGGCUUAGUCAACCUUUUCGAGCUGCUGAAAGAGCUUUUGCUUCCCACGGAUGUCGCUCAAUGGAUUUACUCUCAAAAAUUGUUUCGCUCAAAUUUACUUCAAUUAUAUUGGCGGCAAUAGAGACGGAAUCAAUCAACAAAUUGUUAAAUAAAUUGGCCAAAUCACAACAAGUAUUUCCAAAAUUAACAAAUUUGGAAGUGGAAUUUAAAUUUUUAGAUGCUUAUCCAAACAAUUAUUCGCAAUUAAUGUAUUUUGAUGAUGAAGAAAAUGAUAUUGUUAGUCCAAUGGCUUUAGAUACACUCAAUUUAUCUCAAAUUUUAAUUAAUUGGAUUUCUUCUUCAAAUUUUCCUUUUAAAGUUUUUGCAAAAGUGUGUUUGUCUGUAGAUUAUGUUAUUGGGGAAAAUGAAAAUAAAAAUGAUGUGUUAGAAAGGGCAAUGCGUGAAACAAAUUUAACUUUAACUGGCACGCGAUGGGCACAAAUUAAAUGGAAUAAUAUUGUAAAUUAUUGUUCAGCACGUGAACAAGUGGAAAUUAAUGAACAAUUAAAAUUUGAAUUUGCUUUGGAUUAUAGAUCUUCAACAUAUUCGCAAAAGAGUUAUACAGAUGAUGUUCUAUUUAAUAUUGGGCAUUCUCUUUAA